AUGGCAAAAAAGAAGGCGUUAACCCCAGCAGAAAGACAGCGGCGUUGUCGGGAGAAACGAAAAAAUGACCCUGAGAAGGUAGCUGAAAUAAAGCGCAAGGAUUUAGAAAGAUACCAUGCUCGAAAGAAGCUAGUGGCUGACAUGAGCAUGCGAGAACAUCGAAUCAAAAAGCGAAUCUGGCAAGAAGGAAAUAAAAAAAGAAGGGAGAAGAAAAAGAUGCUUAAAGAGGUACUUUUAAACACGCCGGCUCCAUCACCAAUACCAGAAACCCCACGAAUGACUCCAUCUGCAACACCGACUCCCUCUGAAGUAUCUACUUCAAGGGGAAGAAAGAAAGUGAAAAGAGAUAGAACAAAGUUAUACAGAGAUAAUAUUAAGUUUCAAGAAAAAAUAGACCAGUUAGAGAAGAAAGUUCGAAAAUAUAAGAAGAGAUUGCAAAGAAAAUCAAAAAAAGACAUUAGCAGCAACAAAGAUCAAAGCAAUAGCCAGAACACAAAAAAGUACAGCAUUCUUUCUAAUGCCAUUAAAGAACGAUACAAAACUGUCAAAAGUCGAAAAGAAAAACGCCUCAUCCAAUCGGUACUUCAAACCCGUAUCGUAAAAGAGUCAAGAAUGCAAAUCGAAUUGGUAAGAGACACAUUAGGUGUAAACCGACCUUUAACAUGUAAGAGCGUUCUACCAAAACAUACUGAUCUUGUACGGAAGAUUCGUCAGUUCUUCUUGCGGGAUGAUGUAACGAGAGCUACAGCUGGUAAGAAGGAGACUGUCACGCACAAAAAAAAGAAAGUACAGAAAAGAUUUUUGUUGGACUCCAUGAAAAACCUGUACAAAGCCUUCUUAAAAGAAAAUAGUGGCCUCAAAUGCCACUACAGCUACUUCACUAAACAUAGGCCAUUUUAUGUGAAGCCACCUACUGUAGAUGGCAGGGAUACUUGUUUAUGCAAGUUACAUGCAAAUUUUACCUAUGUGGUUAUUACAUUACAUAAGAAUAAAGUAAUUGUGCAGAAAGACACGAAUGCAGUCUUAGAAUCACUAGUUUGUUCUGCUGAUUCGGUAUCCUGUAUGAAAGGAGUUUGUUCGAAGUGCAAGAACCGGUGCUUAAAUUAUGAUAAAAGUAACCAAACAGAGAUUGUAGACUUACGACAGUGGAUAAGAAAAAGUGAAGUUGUAGAAAAGGCAGAGAAAAAGGUAAAGAUUACAAAAAAUGUACCAGUUAUUGAAAAGCUCACAAUUAAAGAUGUAAUCUAUAAAUUUGAGAGCGAGCUGCAAAACUUCAAAACGCACAUCCACAAUAUCAGACACCAAUACAAAGCUUACCGACAGUGCAUCGACGGGCUGACAGAAAGUGAAGUAGCAUUACAUAUAGAUUUUAGUGAGAAUUAUGCCUGCAAGUAUUACUCUGAAGUCCAGUCUCACCAUUUCGGUGGUUCUCGUAAUCAAAUUACCCUGCAUACAGCAGUGAUGUACCAUUUUUCAACAGAAGCACAGACAAAACAGGUAACUUCAUACUGUACAGUGUCAUCCAAUCAGAACCAUGGACCUUCUGCGAUUUGGGCGCACCUUCAUCCAAUUCUGUCGGAAUUAAAAGAAAAACACCCUGCUGUAACAACUGUUCACUUCUUUUCUGAUGGACCUGCAACCCAAUACAAGCAAAAGAUAAACUUUUACCUAAUGGCAAACAGGUUUUUUGAAGAAUACGGGUUUCGCAAAAUAUCCUGGAACUUCUUUGAAUCAGGACAUGGAAAAGGAGCUGCUGAUGGUGUCGGAGGAACAAUGAAACGACAAGCUGAUGCCAUAGUAGCUAGAGGAAAUGAUAUUGCAGAUGUGUUUCAAUUCUUUUCCGCACUUCAAGAUGCUAACAAAAUUAAACUGUUCAUGGUGACAGACGAAGACGUAAAAAAGGUAGCAGCAACGAUUCCAAGUAACAUUGUGCCCCUGAAAGGAACAAUGCAAGUCCACCAAAUGUUCUCGGAAACUCGUGGAGUCUUAAACCAUAGGGUAUUAAGUUGUUUUUGUGAACAAUUCUGUUCUUGCCACGUUCCUAAAAUUUAUCGGCCUCUGUCUGAAACCCAACAACAACAAAAUCCUGUGGACGAGUUCUUAUCUAACGAAAAAGAAGACGAUAUAAUUCCUGAUCUGGAAGAUUUCACGCUCGCUGAUAUUACGAAUACAAUUGGGAUGCCCCGAAAAAGUUUUUACGAUGCUGUGUAUAGUCCAGAUGAGUCAUCUGAUGAAGAUCAGCCUUUGACCACGCUUAAAUCGAAAUAUCCAACUGAUCAAACUGCCGUCUGCGGUACUUCUUACCAAACACUCCAGCCUGAAGACAUUCAUCCAAUGAAUAUAAAAGACGGAGUACACGUAUUGGUUAAAGUACGAAGCGAGAGGAAAAUCCAAUACACUUACGCUGGAGUAGCAAAAAGUACCGUCGAUGAAGAAGGCGAUGUUUUGGUAAUGUUCCUAAAAACUGUAGAUGAUACUGGAAGACUGUUUAAGUUGGUGGAGACUGACGUAUCGGAUGUUCCUUUUGAUGAUUUGAUAAAAGUCUUACCGGUUCCGAAUGUUAUUAAAAAGGGAAAGAGACAAUAUUUCCAGUUCGAAGAGCCACUGUCAGUAUUCGAAAAAUAA